AUGCUAGAGCUGGAGGCACUGGAGCUGGAGGCGCUAGAGCUGGGGACGCUGGCGCAGGAGGGACUGGAGCUGGUAGCGCUGGAGCGGGAGGCCCUGGCACUAGAGGCGCUAGAGCUGGAGACCCUGGAGUUGAAGCCGCUGGAGCUGGAGGCGCUGGAGCUAGAGGCGCUGGAGGCGCUGGAGCUGGAGGCACUGGAGCUGGAGGAGCUGGAGCUGGAGGCGCUGGCACUGGAGGCGCUGGAGCCGGAGACACUGGAGUUGGAGGCGCUGGAGCUGGAGGCGCUGGAGCUGGAGGCGCUCGAGCUGGCACUUCUCGAGCUGGCGGUGCUAGCGCUGGAGGUUCUUAGUCUUCCUUCGUCCACUGCCCUUCCUCCUGACUCGCCGCUGCCUGCCCCGCCUCGUUACACUGGGCAGCCGGUCUCCCUUACAAAGUGUCGUGAGCCUGCGUCUCGUCCUGUCUCCCCUGUUAGCAUUGUUCGCACCAAUCGUCGUGUCCCGCGUCCGCGUCCUCCUCCUGUGCCAGGCACUCACACUAUGGCACUUCGUCCCUCCACUGCUCCUCAGCGUGUCCCGCUACCGUCUCCUCCUGCGUCCUCUCUUCUUGAGCUUCCUGACCUUAAGUAUGACCAUGUUCUUUCUGCUAGCCCCACAGUCACGCGUCUUCUGGCUACAGUCGUCACUGACCCGUCGUUUGAGUCCACUACUGCGUCUGCCUUAGUCUCUGAGCUUGUUGACUUUGCUGCUGCAUGUCGUCUAGACUACGCCGCUAGUCUUGUUGCUGAGUCUGAGUUUGAGUCUGAGUCUGUCUGUCCUCCGUCCGUCGGGGGUGAGUCUGCUCUUGGCACGGACGUCCUUGAGGACAGGCAGGAGGACUUUGACUCUCUUGCGACUGCUGUACCUCAUCUCGUGGCCUGGCUGCUUGCACCUGAGGGAGACCCGGAUGCACUGGACAUCCCGACCCCGCGCUCUUACGCAGAGGCAAUUACGGGUCCCUACUCAACUCAGUGGCAGACAGCCAUGGACGCAGAGAUGGCAUCUUGGAAGUCCACAGGCACCUACGUCGACGAGGUUCCCCCUUCUGGGGCGAACAUAGUCGAUGGCAUGUGGAUUUUUAGGGUGAAGCGGCCGCCGGGUUCUCCGCCUGUUUUCAAGGCUCGUUACGUUGCACGAGGCUUCAGUCAGCGGCAGGGAGUUGACUUCUUCCAGACCUUCUCCCCUACCCCGAAGAUGACCACUCUUCGGGUACUGCUGCACGUUGCCGCUCAGCGUGACUACGAGCUUCACUCUCUUGACUUCAGCACAGCGUUCUUGCAGGGCAGCCUGCACGAGGAGAUCUGGCUGCGCCGCCCACCUUGCUUCACUGGGUCGUUCCCUCCUGGUACCCAGUGGAGCCUCCGACGGCCAGUCUACGGUCUCCGCCAGGCGCCUCGUGAGUGGCACGACACACUAAGGACGACACUUGCGGCUCUUGGGUUUGCUCCCUCCACUGCUGACCCGUCGCUGUUUCUUCGCACCGACACUUCUCUGCCGCCGUUCUACAUCCUCGUGUACGUCGACGACUUGGUCUUUGCCACUACUGACACUGAGGCACUCGCCCUUGUGAAGUCGGAGCUGCAUAAGAGACACACGUGCACAGACCUGGGUGAGCUGCGCAGCUACCUUGGCUUGCAGAUCACCCGGGACAGAGCACGCCGCACCAUUACCCUGACUCAGUCACACAUGGUGCAGCAGGUCCUUCAGCGCUUCGACUUCCAGUACUCCUCACCACAGUCCACUCCUCUGUCUACACGUCACUCGCUCUCAGCUCCACCUUCGGACGAGUCCGUAGAGCCGAGUGGCCCGUACCAAGAGCUUGUGGGCUGCCUCAUGUACUUGAUGACCUGCACUCGACCUGACCUUGCGUACCCUCUUAGCAUCCUAGCUCGCUACGUUGCGCCUGGGAGACACCGGCGAGAGCACUGGGAGGCUGCUAAGAGGGUGAUGCGCUACUUGUGUAGUACAUCAGGCAUGGGGCUGGUGCUUGGAGGACGGGGUGACGUUGUCCUCACUGGACACUCAGACGCCUCUUGGGUUGACGACCUGGCUACGCAGCGGUCGUCACAGGGUUACACCUUCAGCCUUGGUUCCGGCUCUGUUUCUUGGCGGUCUACACGCUCUUCUUCUGUUCUCAGCUCCAGUUGUGAGGCUGAGAUCUACGCCACAGCCAUGGCUGCACAGGAGUUACGCUGGCUCACCUACCUGCUGACUGACUUGGGAGAGCCGCCUCGUUCUCCUCCAGUUCUGUACGGCGACAACAAGGCAGCCCUUGCCUUGUGUCAGGAGCACAUACUGGAGCACAGAACGAAGCACAUCGCUCUACGUUACUUUCUUGCUCGAGAGCUGCAGCAGCGUGGCCAGCUUCGUCUUGCUUACGUGGACACGCGGGCCAACACUGCUGAUAUAUUCACCAAGGCACUUCCGCCUAGUGAUCAUCAGCGGCACUGCACUGCUCUAGGCCUCGUGCCUACGUUCUCUCACUUGCUCACUGCUUGA